GGAUAUGGCCCUAUCAAGCACUUCGAGAUAGAUAUCUACUUUUUGUGCCGUUGUUCACGUUUUCCUUUACCAUCCUCGGGCCGCAGGUACAAUUUGUCGAAGUGGUUCAAGAAUUAAUUGCACGUAUUCUCCAGUUAUUUCAUAAUAACUGUUCUAUUAUAUCGACAUAUUUCGCAAAAUGUUAAUUUUCGUGUAGUUAAUGUACCUGCUGUUCGCCGCGGCGGACCUCGACGACAUAUUCUCGUGUACUCCAUCGAUAUGGAUCAGCAUAAUAUUCAGCUUCAAAAUAGCGAGCCUGAUGAUGAAUAAUGAGAAAUUGAAGACCUGUCUCAGGACGAUCGAGAACGACUGGUCGACGUUGAACACGGACACGGAGAAGACGAUCCUGCAACGGCGCGCCAUGUAUGGACAAUAUAUCACAAUGUCAUAUGCGGCCUUCAUGCAACUGACGGGGAUUCUUCUCAUACUCAAGUCGGCUGUGACGUUACUGUUCGAGGAUACCACGGACACGACAGUGCCCGUCAUCGUGGCGGAGUCGAAGUUACCCUUUCGCGUAGAAUACGGCGAGAAGCUGAGCCUGUGUCCGGUAGCGUUGCACUGCUACCUGGCCGUGUUCGCUCAUAUCAACAUUACGAUUGCGGUUGAUAGUCUGUACAUCACGUUGGUUCAGCACGCUUGCGGGAUGUUCGAGAUUGUUGGACACACACUGGAGCUCAUUGGCAAGAGCAACGAUCACAAUUUCAAUCUGAAGCCCAACAGAAUGACGGACGAGGAUUAUGAAAAAGCGCUGAACUGCUUACGCAGGCAUCUGCGUGUAAUAGAAUUCGCGGACCUGAUAGAGACAACGUUUAUGAAUAUAUUUCUGGUCAGCGUUUGCUUAAACAUGAUCGGCGGUAGUAUGAUCGGCAUACAGGUGGUUCUGAAUUUAGACAACGCGAAGGAUAUCAUAGAACCUCUCACCAUAUACUUCGCUCAACUCUUCCAUCUCUUUCUGCAAUUCUGGCAGGGUCAAUUUCUGUUGACCUACAGUGUCGUUCCUUAUGAAUCCAUUUGCAAGGCAAAUUGGUAUUACACUUCGGGCAGGUGCAGAAAGAUCCUACUCUUAAUCAUGAACAGAACUGUAUUGCCAUGCAAAUUGACCGCCGGCAAAAUCAUAACUCUGUCCAUCGAGAGCUUUGGCACGGUCCUGAAAACGUCGAUGUCUUAUUUCACAAUGCUGCGUUCGUUCAAAUAACGACCACCAACAUGCCUCAACUAACAAAAUUCCGAAGAUCAUAUUUACGCACGAAGAUUUAUCGUUCAACCGUCACAGAUACGAAGAAUACAAGAACAAUUUUACGAGAGGGAUAUUGUCGCAUGUCGAAAUAUAUGAUUUUUUACGACACAUUAAAGAAAAUAUACUUGAAAAUUUAUUCGUGGAAUAUAAACUUAGUUUACAGAAAUAAAUUUUGUAUCCCAAAAAUAAAUUUUCAAAUAUUUUUUCUCAGCGCGGUCUAAAUAAAUGCCCGAGUUACUUUUAUUGAUAAUGAUGUUGAAAUAUAUGAAUGGAAAUUUUACGAUAAACUUUGUGCUUUCCAUAUGGUAAAAAGAAUGAGUUGUAACAACUCGAGUCGUAUUAAAUAAACUCAAUCUCAAGAUUAUAUAUGGGUAACUAAUUUUAUAUUGUAUGUAUAUGAUUUAACGAUUUGAACGAACAUGAUGAAA